UGUGCUGCGCGCACUCGGCGGGCCGCCAGCACGCGGCCCCGCUAGCCGGCGCCGCCGCCGGCGCUCACGUGCACGUGCUGCAGCCGCACCGGCCAGGGAUGGUGAAACAAGUGAAGGGUGGCUACCUGCUGCGAUACAAGAAGAGGCUAUUCGGCAAAGCAUGGCGAGAGGAGUGGGUGGUGCUGUACGACGACUCGACGCUGGCGUGGUUCAAGGAGAAGGGCCGCGGGCAACCCGAGGGCAGCGUCAGGGUGAAGGACGCGCCGGAGAUGAUGGCCGUCAGCCAGUGGACGGCGCGCAUCCCCGGCCGGCCCGACCUGCCCUCCGGCUGCCACGUGGUGCAGCUCAUGGCGUUCGGCACGCGGCGCCGCGACAAGGUCCACUGGCUGCUCGCCCAGUCCGAGCAGGAGGUCAACGACUGGAUGACAGCGAUCAGCAACACUCUGCCGCCGCCGCCGCAGCCGCCGGAUGAGAAGUGCACCUCGACGCCGAAGCUGAUGGACCCGAUGGCGCCGCGGCUGCCGCACGGCCCCUACUACUCAAUGCCGGGCGAAGUGCCGCCUCCAUACGUGCACCAGCAGCACUCGGCACUGCUGUCGUCGGGCGCCUUCACCGCCCCGGUGCCGGCCAACGGCUACCUGCCGGCGCCGGCCCCGGCCAGCAACACGACGAUCGUGGUGCGCGACCGCGACCACUACGUGGGCGGCAACGGUGGCGCGGACUUCGCGACGGGGCUGAUGAUGGGCGCGGCGCUCACCAACUGGGGCCACGGCUGGGGCUGGCACCACGCCGCCAGCGACGUGCACGUGCACAACCACUACGAUGUCAACAACACCGUCAUCAACAACGAGCACCACUCGGCCACGUACGUGCACGAGGACUACGCCGACCUAGGCUUCGACGACGGCGACUACGGAAUGGACUGCGGCGGCGACUUCGGCUUCUAAGCGCCGCCGCGCGCCCCCACCGGGGAGGAAACGACGCCCCGCUCUGUGUCUGCAGUUCGGUAGACGCCUAGUAUUUUGUACUGCAGGGAAUAAUACGAAACUUUUAACGGCUAAUUGUAUAUUUUGCACCUAAUACUACUUUAAGUAGUAAGUCUAUGUCUAUUAUUGUAUAAAUAAGGAGAAGAAAAAUCGAAAACGUGUAAGUCAUGUACACCAAGAGACUAUAACUUUGCUUAGAUCGCUCACCCACUACAGAGCGCCUCAGAACAGCGAAGUCACUGCCCGUCAACUAGAAAGUGUAGAAACUGAGUCAACAGUGCCGUCGGAUAGAGCCUUGUUCCCCCUUCCCAUUACAGUGUGGAAUUGAGUAGCUCGCUAUCUUCUCUCAAACAUUUGGUUACACAAUAGGUCUAGCUGAUCGUUGGUGGUAACUUUUGCAUCUAGAAGACUCCAUGACAUUUUCGACAAGGUUCUAUGUAGCACAGUUAACGCCAUGAGCUGUAUUAUUGGCUUCAUUUAUAUGCAACUGGUUCGGUAUUACGAUCUUCAGGAGCUCAGGAGCCUCUGUGAGCCCAGGUAAUCAAAGGAAAUAUCACCCGACUUUUAUUUUAUUUUAUUUUAUUUUAUUUUUUAGCAGGCUCAGAAACCAUCGGCAUCCUCAAAACUCUACAACCUACUUCUCAUGUGUGGAGUUUUGCGGACGCCGAUAGUGCCUGGGUCUUCCACAAAACAUAUGGAACUGAUUUCCCUUUGUAAACCUAAUUACCCAGACCAAUAGAGGGGCAUGAAAGUACUGUGACGCGGAAAUCGGAUGUCUGUAAAUAACUCCAGUGGAUGUAGUUAAUGGUGUUAACGUUACUACAUAUAAAUGUAACAGGCGUCUAGACCCCACUAGAAGAUGGACGUACGGAAAUUCAAGAUCCUGGGUGUAUUUGUUUUACGAUCGCUAGACCUUGGUCCAAGGCAUAUUUCCGUGCCCAAUCUUUCGUUUCUUAACGCUGGAGACAUCCGUAUUUUCUCAAUUAGGCAAGCUAUAGAAACCGAACUGUUUAUACGUCACAGCGCAAAAGUCGGGUCGUGACGUCAUUAUACUGAGGAUUAUGAUCGCAGAGGGACGCCCACGUGUCGUUUAGUGCUUGUACUGUGGAAUAGCUGGCGCUGUUUCCUUUAAUUAGCCUUAAGGCUCGCAUCUUAUUUCUAUUAAAUGCUUUCCUACUUUUGAAUUUCUAUUAUAUCCCUGUACAUCCUAACACUGUAAUGAUUGGAUCAUGAUGAAACUAUAGUAUCCAAAAAACCCAUUUGGUGCCACUGCUACUGAUUAUUUAUGCGUGUUGCUCAUGUGACAAUCAGACCUCGGUUCUCUAAGCAGGAACUUAAUGCUUCCUUUACUGUUUGCAAUGCACACUUGACCGUAGCUGCAAGGAAUUCUGUGUACAUCUGCUUUGGUGCGGGAUCGUGCCUUACACCACAGCCUGAUGCUUAUGUAAAAGAAAAUCACCAAGGAUGAAAAUAAAGGCUAUGAAAGUCUGCAUCAUACGACCUAAAUGUCUACGGCCGGAACUGGAAUAUCACAUUCUUUAAAUAAGCUGCUGUCAAUGUUGAUGUUAGCCGAGAAAAUGUUUCAAACGAAGUAAGUUAUCCUUGAUGUCUAAGCUCUUGAUAUUUUCCAACUUUCACAUGAAAAAGUGUAAGUAAUGUGUUCUAAUUUUUUCAAAGAACACCCCGAGCCCUUCGAAUGAAAAAAAAAGUCGUCACCUUCGUCCUAAGAGCAAGUAAGAUUUCAUUGAGUCUUUCUAACUGCUAUAGUUUUCCGGAACAUAGACUAGAUAAAAAUUCAGAUGCAAAGAACAACAUUUUUGAAUCACUAAUGCCUCAAGACGUCGAAAUAAGCGUACAAAAUUCCUCUGAUCGGGAUCAGAUACGAGGUUUUUAUCAAGCAGCCUGGGACUCAUUAUUUCUGAGUGAUUCCCUGCCAAACAUAUUCGGACAAAUUCUAUUUUCGGUGGCACAGCUGUUCAUUAAGAUGACGGUCCGCCGGAAAAGCUCGUUCUAGCAGGUCGGGAAGGCCUAGAGUUAACGCCAUACAGUAAUCCUAGUCUCACACUGAAAUCACUCGUAGACACUACUCGGAAUAUUUCCCAGUGUUCUCAAACCGUUUUGAUCGUAUUUUCACUGUAGUUGCGACAUAUAUAUUUAACCCACCACUUUAAAUUUAUUGAAUUACUUCAAUGGAUGAUACUUGGCCACCUCGCAAGCCAUCAUCCCCCAACGCUACAUACAUUCUGCACUCGGUGUUGUAUAACGUCGAACGAAGCAGGCACUGCAUUCCACGUUCUGAACACUCGUCUUAUCCCACAAAGCAGUAGCGCUCACUCAUUCUCUUUCAAAAUCUUAAGCUGUUAAUUUAAAAAAUAAAAGAAACAAUAACAUUCUGGAUACAGUAUGACUUCUUUUGCUGACUAAGCAACAGUCGUUGUCUCUGGAUACUGCUCAUCUCUUCUCUUUCACGACUGUAAUGGUGACAUACAGCGUUUAAGAGCAAUAUCAGAACUGGCAUCAGGACGUAAUGUUUUCAGUUUGUUUCUGUACAGAUACUCUCGGUACAGUAACCGUACUAGAAACAGUAUGCCUAGUCCAACGGGUCCUUCAGGUUCAUGAAAGCAGAAUAACUAGAUGCCAGCUAGUCGACAAUUACUCUUAUUUCCUUAUUUCUUUAAAAGUAUUUCUGUCAUUGUAAAUCUGCUCCUCUUCGGCACUAGAAACUGAUCCUACGCACGGUUUUAGUGUGCUACGAAAUUCCGAAUCGGAGCACAGUCAGCUGCAAAGUGAAAAUUCAUUCUGUAAAAGUCUGGUAACUGCUUGAGAAAUUUAUCUGAUCCACAUUUCUAUUUCAUGGACUAAUAAGCCUUGGAUUGUCAUGGUUCCCUAUUUAAUCUCACUUUGCUGGACUUCAAAAGAAUAUGGUAAAAACCGUAGAGCACAGUGGGUUACAGUUAAUCGGUUCUGUUGGCCGUUAAGAUACUUUGUGGUUGACAGCAGUGAUUACAAAUUCAGUGAGGCACCUGUAUAAACUAUUUCCUUGUUUGUUUCGUAUUACAGCACGUCAAAACCUUUAAGAACUAUUUAAUUCCAUUGUCGCGGAUACUUAUUUCUGUAGACAGAAAUGCAGAAUAGGAAAAUAGCUCUUUAUGUUUCAUUUAGUCCUCUCACCGCGUAUAUAAGAGCUUGUUCGAUGUUUCUUAGAUUUUUGUGAGCCAUGUAGCCGAGAGUUUGCUUAGAAAUGAGACUUGUCACUAAAAGUCCUUUGAAAUUUCAAAGGAUUUGUUCUUUGACCUGUAUACAACAAAACCCUCCGCCCAGCGCGUAAAAACGUUCGUACCAAACUGCAUUUUCAGAAGCUGUAGUGUUUGUAUGCGGUCGCCAAUCUGCGAAAGUAGUCAUUCGCUGUAGCGACACGGGUAUGCAUCUUGUAGUAGGUGUAAAUGUUGUCUGAGUAAGUCUGUGCAUGUAUAAAUAUAUGUACAUAUGUAUAUCUUACAUGUAUUAUGUGUAUACACAUAUUCGGUGUUGUGCAUCUCAACGUCACAAUUAGACACUCAGGAAUUAAACUGUUGACAUGUGCGCCUAAUCAAAUGUUUUGGUUUGUCCGCCAAUGUUGUAUAUAAGACGAACUGAUUAUUUGGUUACAAAUGUAGCUGAAAAUAUUUGAAAAGAGGUGCGUCGUUUCCUCCCUGAGAAACUACACUUACCCUUAAUUGAAUUAAAGAGAUAUGUCUCAAAACUUUGCGGUGUGAAGAGUGCACUAUGGAUAAAAUCAGAAAACUUCAUAUUUACCUCCUCAAUGAGCAAGUCUUCCAGUUCUUCGACUGGUGGCAGUUCAAACGGUGGUGCAAGUGACUGACUCUUCUUCAAUCUGAAAUUGGGUCAUCGGAGUAUCCAGUGUUGGUGACCGCGCCUGUACUACGUGUCGGCAGAUGGACACUUAUCUUUCCUGGCAUCACAGCAGAAUACAAGAGCUGCAUUCUCACCUGACGCCACAGCAUCGCCGGACAAUCCGGUGCCAGGCCCUUUCGAGGUGUGAAGGCAGAACGGGGACAGAGGCUGACCCAGGGAGCCGCUCCGAAGGCAGUGGGGUGGCGCUCUGGAGCAGACCGCACGCCCCAACGACGCUGACGCCCUCCGUCCCGACGCCGAUGCCGAGCAGCUCUCCUCCCUCCCUCCUUCCCUGCCUCCCUCCCUCCCUUAAGCAGACGCUGGUAUCACCUGGUGCUCGUGUGGCAGGAAAUUCGACUCCCAGUUCCUCGGACACUUCCGAAGAACGCAGCCUCCGACAGGCCGCAAUUCGAUGUAAAUUUUUAAGUAGCACAUAAACUGACGAUGACCAAUGACUUUUUGUACAGAACUUUUUUAAUACAAAUCUGUAGAACUGAUAUUAAGAGACGUAUUUCUACAGGUGAGAUUGUUCGUAUUUUUUAUUUCAUUUUUAACGCAAGAGGAAUAUUUCUAGUUUUUGACAAAACCACUAGUUAAUACCAGAAUGUCCUCAUAUGUUUGAAAAUUUGUGUAGCUUCUGACUGUAGCUCUUGUAUACCAGUGAGCCUUAUGUUUUUAUACUGUUGUAAAAAAAAUUUAAAAAGAGAAUCACCGCUUAAGACAUGCGAUAAAACAUUAAACGCUUACAAAUACAUGAAGAAACGUUCACCAAAAAUUUUGUAUACACCAAAGCGAUUAGUUUUAGAGCAUUCACUUCUUCUUUGGUGCAGAUCUCCUUCAUUUCUGCGAAUUAUAUUUGGAGGACACUUCAGCGCCUCACUUACAGCGCCACUGAGUCCGAGACGAGUCAGUGUGUCGCUUUUGUAACAGCAUUUGUGACCUUUGUAAUUAAAGGGAAAACUUUGUCGUAAUACAGUUCUCGGAGAGCUCCCAAUAACAAAUAUGUACGUGUGUGUUUAUAUGUGUGUGUGUGUCUGUGUGUGUGUGUGUGUGUGUGUGUGUGUGUGUGUGUGAGUGUGUGUGUAUGAGAGAGAGAGAGAGAGACAGACAGAGAGAAUGCGAUUGUUUUCAAUCGCACAAUCGCUUGAAUGUCACGGGAAGUGAUAUGUACAUUUGCGAAAGCCUGGCGAGUUCUCAAAUCGAAUUCUUCAGGCCUCCCGCAAAUGGUUUAGCUUAACGCUGCAUACGAAUUUGUAAGAGAAAGUAAUUUUUAGCGUUUUAGCUGCCAAAUUGGUGGUGACGCCACUCUCGGCGAACAGGGUAAGCGUCACCCGCUGCAAUGAACGCAACGGUCAGAUCUCGCUGCCAGGCCGAAUGUGUAGCGCGUACGGAGCAAUUUGGCGGCAGCAGUGUGACACGACUGUUCACUGUCACUACUUUACUGCGUGAGAAGCGUGUGUGUGUGUGUGUGUGUGUGUGUGUGUGUGUGUGUGUGUGUGUGUCAAGAUGACUAGAUCGAGGAAGAACGUAUGUAGUCUCUGUUUCACGCGUGAAAAUUUUAUCCCUUAUAAUAUGCGUGCAAGUUAUAUUAUUGAUUUUAUUUUUACCAUUGUGGUUUCCGGAGGGAUUCCGAAACCAGUACUUCUGAAAGGACAAAUCUGUACAGUUAGUUGUUCACGCCUGUAUGGUUGAACAGAAAAGUUAGCGUAAAAAUGCUUGCAAAUUCAUUUGAGAUCACCAACAUAAUAUGAAUGUCAAAAUGGAAAAUGUUACUGCUGUAGCUAGGUGCUAGUGUCGAAAGUAAAUAUUCAAUGUUGUUGUGUAGAUGUGUUUAGAGUAUUUUUGACAAAGAGAAGUCGUUUUAAUGUUCUAGAUGCAUAACCUAUACAACAUAUAUCUAUUAUAUAUAGAUAUAUAUAUAUAUAUAUAUAUGUGUGUGUAUGUGAGUGUGUAUAACCGUGUGCAAGGGUGCACGUAUAUGUAUCAAUAUGGAUUUAGGUCUCAUAUAUCUGAGGGCAGGUCCCACAUAUAUUUAAUAGUUACGAAUUGUAAUACGUGAUUGUUGUACUAGAUGUUUUAAAUGUGUAUAGAAGACCCACGAUAGUUUGGUCUUAACUGUUUCCUAUGGACUGCGUGAUACUUUUCACUUCAUCCAAGUAUUUUCCUUUUGUAAUUUUAAAUUUAAAAAGAAAACAGAGAAAAAUCUUUUUGCAAAAGGAGACAAUCGGACAGCAUGUAUAAUUAAACAAAAAAAAUCCUAAUAUUUCUUAACUGUGCCACGAGCCGCUGAAGCCGUCGAGUUCCUUUCGUGUGUCGGGGAAUGGGAAUACCGCAUAUAUGAUGGGGUGGAUUCGUAAGCGACAGGUUUAUUUGGUUUGUUCUUCUUUGAAACCCUAGUUGGUUUGAGGAACUACCUUAAAACUGAGACGGUAAUGAACUAGUUUUUAUAGUUUUCUAAGUUUUCUAGUACCACCAGUUCUCUCUACCAAAGCCUCUAGACUUUGCUAAAAAAGAGAUAUUGUGUUUACUCUUCGUUUCAUGGACUACGGGCUUUCUGUUCAUUUCAAAGAAAACAUAAUUCGAUGAGAAAAUUUUUUAACUAUGAUUUUGCACAAAAUAUAACAUUCUCUACGACUUUUCCAUUGGCUAAUCUACCACUUUGUUUCUAGUUUCCGGCGUCAUACUCUAAUGCUGGCUUUUCCCUCCGACCGAGACGAGUAUCCUUUGCAGCUAAAUGACGCCGUUGCUUCCCUGACACCAACGACGCGCAAUUUGCUGGUCCAACUGUGCUCAUAUGCGGGCUGUGAACCUACAUGAAUGCUGCUUGCACGAGUAUUUUGCCAAGUUUUCAAACUAUGGCAAACUGAGAUGCCAUGUGCACGUUUCUUCUCUACUCCUCAACCUCCGUUGUCGAAACGUGGUUUUCAUUUCCUGUCUAUUAGUCCUCCACUUGGACAGUCUAUGAAGUGGAAACCCGUUUUCAGUCUAUUAUAUACGCACAAGUCCCAUAUCGAAUCGAAGAGCUACGUUCAAUCCCUUUACAUUACACAUCAUAGCGAUGUGAUUUUGCGGCAAAGCUUUUUGAGACUCUUUCUGAUGCAGCAUUAAUUUAAAAUUUGAAUAUUCCAAUACUAUUGACAGCGCUAUAGGUAUUUUGCAAAUGCGAUUUUGCCGUUACCUAUAAGUUUCAUAACUAAUUCAAAGGCUUUGUGUUGUUGUUGACGAGUGCGAAUACUGAAACAGAAUAAGAGUGAAUCAGACAGCUAGCAGCAGCAUUCACACAUCCUUUCUGUCGUUUUAGUGAACAAUUUUAAAUUGUGUAGUUUUUCCUAUGUUAAUACUGAAUAUAAUGACGCUUUAUAUGUGUGUUUAAUAGUUUUAGAAAUUUCCAGUAUAACUUUCCAGUUGGAAUGCUUUAUGUGUAUACAAGUGUGUUAUUUGUAAUGCAACAAAGUAUUAUAGAUUGGACUUACUGCUCAUAAUAAGGCAUUUUGGAUAUGUUCAAUUUUGAUAAGCAAGAAAUUUACUGAAAAUUAAUUUUUAGUAUCGAAGAGGCCUUUGAUAUUUCUAAGGAAAUAAAAAAAUUGAAGAGACUGAUAGUUCUGCAGGAAUUAAAGGAGUUUUCAGUCGCACUUCUGUGGCAUGUUUUGAAUAUAUAUGAGAAGCAGCUUACUCUCAACAAGCAACUUCACUGAACUAACGCUGCUUAUAACAGACUGAUUAGAUGCACUUACCUAAUGCCUCGCCCCACCAAAGAAACAGUCCAAAAUGUUUUAAUAUCAAGCAGUUUCAUAGAACAGGUCGUAAUGAAUGUAACACAUUCAGUCAGAACUACCUUUACUUUGUAGCAUAUGUUUAUGUGUAGAACAAUAUUACAAUUAAUGUGUGUUUAAAAUGACAAGUUAUGGAAUGUACUCAAGAAGCAUGUACAGAUUUAAUUCGGCUUUGAUUAUGUACUUAAUUUUCGCUUGUUGAAUCGAUGUUAUUCGUUUCUAUUUGUGUAUAUCUGCAUUUGUAUGUUUCAUUAAUAGAAUAAGAUUGUUUGAAAACAAGGAACAUUCCGGUUAUUCCUUAGAUCCUCUGUAUCUGUUACCACCUUUGUAAUGAUAGCAGUAUAGCUUCGACAGCGCAGCCAGGACAAGAAAAACUAAUGAAAUGAAUUUAAA